AUGGCCAGUUACCCUGCCCAGACCCACGUGGCUGUCAUUCUGCCAGCAGCAUGGUCCCCAGGCUGGGCCUGGCUACUUGACUACUGCAGGAGCCCCAGCAAGGCCACAUGCAACUUUGUGUGCGACUGCAGGGACUGCUCAGACGAGGCCCAGUGCGGGCACCAUGGGGCCUUGCCCAUCCCGGGCACCCCCUUCACCUGCGGCUUUGAGCAGGAUACCUGUGGCUGGCAGGAUAUCAGCACCUCGGGCUACAGCUGGCUCCGAGACCGAGCAGGGGCUAUGCUGGAGGGUCCCGGGCCUCACUCCGACCACACACUUGGCACUGACCUGGGCUGGUACAUGGCUGUGGGAACCCACCGUGGGAAGGAGGCAUCCACUGCAGCCCUGCGCUCCCCUGUCCUGCAAGAGGCAGCCCCCACCUGUGAGCUGAGACUCUGGUACCAUGCAGCAUCUGGAGAUGUGGCUGAGCUGCGGCUGGAGCUGACCCAUGGUACAGAGACGCUGACACUGUGGAAGAGUGCAGGACCCUGGGGCCCCAGCUGGCAGGAGCUGGUGGUGACCACUGGCCGUAUCCAGGGUGACUUCCAAGUGACCUUUUCUGCUACCCGAAAUGCCACGCACAAGGGAGCUGUGGCUGUGGAUGAUGUGGAGUUCUGGGGCUGUGGGCUGCCUGCCCCCCAGGCCAGCUGCCCCCUGGGGCACCAUCAGUGCCAGAACAAGGCCUGCAUAGAGCCACACCAGCUGUGUGACAGGGAGGACAACUGUGGGGAUGGCUCCGACGAAGACCUGCUUACCUGCGGCCACCACAUGGCUACUGACUUUCAGUCAGGCCUGGGUUCAUGGAACCACUCAGAAGGCUGGACCCGGAACCACAGUGCUGGUGGCCCUGAGGACCGUGCCUGGCCAAACCGAGAUCACAGCUGGAACAGUGCACAGGGCAUGUUCCUAGUCUCUGUGGCCAAGUCUGGCACCCCUGCUGUCCUCUCCAGCCCUGAGUUCCAAGCCUCAGGCUCCCACAACUGCUCGCUCAUCUUCUACUACUACUUGCAUGGGUCCGAGGUCGGCUGCCUCCAGCUGCUCCUGCAGAUGCAGGGGCCUAGUGCCCCCCAGGACCCUGUCCUCCUGCGGAGGCACUGUGGGGAGCUGGGAGCAGUGUGGGUACGAGACCGGGUUGACAUCAGGAGUGCCCAUCCCUUCCAGAUCCUCCUGGCUGGGGAAACGGGUCCAGGAGGCGUGGUGGGCCUGGACGACCUCAUCCUGUCGGACCACUGCAGAACAGCUCCAGGGAGGUCUGACCUACAGUCACUGCCUACGCGACCUUGGGUCCAGGCCCUCCAGCCCCAGCCGUCCAGCUUCCAUCCCCAGGAGGUCUGUGAGCUGGGAUAUCUCUCUUGUGGGGACCUGUGUGUGCCCCCAGAGCAGCUGUGUGACUUCCAGGAACAAUGCCCAGAGGGCGAGGAUGAGCAGGAGUGUGGCACCACGGACUUUGAGGCUGCCACGGCCGGGGGCUGGGAGGAUGCCAGCGUGGGGCAGCUGCAGUGGCAGCGGGCUGCAGCCCAGGAAAGCAGGGGGCCUGGCAGGGACGCUCGUGGGGCUGCUGCUGGGCACUUCCUGUCUCUACAGAAGGCCUGGGGGCAGCUGAGGCCUGAGGCCCGGGCCCUCACAUCCCCCCUGGGCCCCUCAGGCCCCAACUGUGAACUCCACAUGGCUUACUACUUCCACAGUCACCCCCAAGGCUUCCUGGCACUGGUGGUGUUGCAGGGCAGCUCCCGGGAGCUGGUGUGGCAGGCCCCAAGCAGCAGCACAGGAGACUGGACGGUGGACAAGAUCUUUCUUGGAGCACGCCACCGGCCAUUCCGGCUGGAGUUUGUCAGUCUAGUGGACUGGGACAUCCCUGGCCAGCAGGGGGCCGGGGUGGACAACGUGACAAUGAGGGACUGCAGCCCCACUGCCACCACUGAGAAAGACCAAGAGGUUUCCUGUAACUUUGAGCGGAAUACCUGCGGCUGGCACAUGGGCCACUUCACAGAUGCCCACUGGCGUCGGAUACAGAGCCAUGGCCCUGGGUAUGACCACACCACUGGCCAAGGUUUUUUCAUGCUCCUGGACCCCACAAAACCCCCUGCCAGUGGCCGUGCUGCCCACUUGCUCACAGGGCCCCAGACCCCAGCAACCCCCAAGGAGUGUCUCAGCUUCUGGUAUCACCUGUAUGGACCCCAAAUUGGGACCUUGCGCCUAAUCAUGAGGAGGGACGGGGAGGAGGACACACUGCUAUGGUCGCGGUCAGGCACCCAUGGCAACCGCUGGCACCAGGCUUGGGCCACCCUCCAUCACCAGCUAGAUCCUAGCACCAAGUACCAGCUGCUGUUUGAGGGCCUCCGGGAUGGGUACCAUGGCACCAUGGGGCUGGACGAUGUGGCUGUGCGGCCCGGGCCCUGCUGGGCCCCCAGGCACUGCUCCUUUGAGGACUCUGCCUGCGGCUUCUCAACUGGAGGACAGGGCCUGUGGAAGCGCCAAGCCAACGCCUCCUGGGGCCCCCAGACAGACCAUACCACAGAGACAGCCCAAGGGCACUACAUGGUGGUGGACACAAGCCCAGUCGCACUGCCUCAGGGCCACGUGGCCUCCCUGACCUCAGAGGAGCACCAGCCUCUGGCUCAGCCCACCUGCCUGAGUUUUUGGUACCACCUAAGCCUCCACAACCCAGGCACUCUGCGAGUCCACAUGGAGGAGGGCAAGAGACGCCAGGUGUUCAGUGUUUAUGGCCACGGUGGGCUUGCCUGGCGCCUGGGCAGCGUGGAUGUGCAGGCUGGGCAGGCCUGGAGGGUGGUGUUUGAGGCCCUGGCUGCUGGCAUGGAACACUCCUACAUCGCACUGGACGACCUUUCCCUUCAGGAUGGGCCCUGUCCUCGGCCAGGGUCCUGUGACUUUGAAUCUGGCCUGUGUGGCUGGAGCUGCCUGGCCUGGCCUGGCCUGGGCAGGUACAGCUGGGACUGGAGUGGUGGAGACACCCCCUCCCGCUACCCACUGCCCACUGUGGACCACACCCUAGGCACAGAAGCAGGCCACUUUGCCUUUUUCGAAACUAGUGUGCUGGGGCCAGGGGGUCAGGCGGCCUGGCUGCGCAGUGAGCCUCUGCCAGCCACCACGGCUUCCUGCCUCCGCUUCUGGUACCACAUGGGAUUUCCCGAGCACUUCUACAAGGGAGAGCUGAGGGUGCUCCUGAGCAGUGCCCAGGGCCAGCUGGCUGUGUGGGGCACAGGUGGACACCUGCGGCACCAGUGGCUAGAAGUCCAGGUUGAGGUGACCAGCACCGAGGAGUUCCAGAUCGUGUUUGAAGCCACUCUGGGUGGUCAGCCAGCUUUGGGGCCCAUUGCUCUAGACGAUGUGGAGUACCUGGCCGGGCAGCAUUGCCAGCAGCCUGCACUCAGUCAGGGAGGCAUGACAGCAUCCAUGAUGGUGCCAGCCCUGGUUGGAGGGGCCCUCCUCUUCCUCAUACUCCUGGUGCUGCUGGGACUUGGGGGACGCCACUGGCUGCAGAAGGGAGGCUGCCCCUUCAGGAGUAACAAGGACGUGGCAGCACCUGGCUUUGACAACAUCCUCUUCAAUGCGGAUGGAGUCACCCUUCCAGCACCUGCCACCAGCAGCUCAUAGACCAUCCCAGACAAGGAUCUGGCCCCUGAAUGUACCUCGGAUCUGGCCCCAGGCUGGAUCCACCUUCAUCCCCAGAUACCUGACCUCCCCUGAGGUUGGAUUGGGGGGCUCAGAGGACACAGAGCUUCCACAGCCCUCCCCUGUCCAGUCACUGCCCACUUGUAUGGCACAGGGUGCUUGCUCCAUGAAUAAAUGCUCAGUCCUGAGGACUGCCCAAGUUUUCAAGCUGAGAUCAGUUAUCCAUG